AUGACUGAUUGGAUGUCUGAAUUACCAGCUGCUGCCCGGGAUAAACCAAUUAUGACGCUUGCUAUCCCAGGCUCCCAUUUAAGUGGUACUUGUGGUUUGAAAGAAGAUAGUGAAAUAACACCGGAUCAAACAUGGUGUGUUCGGGUACUUGAUUCUAAUGAUAUGAUCCGGAAAGCAGUCUACAAUUGGUCGAAAGUACAAACGUUGUCUAUUAAACAGCAGCUAGAAGCAGGUAUUCGAUUUCUAGAUGUACAAGUGGCUUAUCUAAAUGAAGGCAUUUAUAUAGUACAUGGUCUUCGAUCCAUGGAAAUCAGUGAUUUAUUUAAACGAGUGGAUGACUUCUUAUCACUUCAUCCAAAGGAAGUUAUACUAAUUGAUAUCAAUCACUUCUAUGAAUUUUGUGAACAGCAUCAUGAUAAGCUUCUCGACAUGAUUAAUAAUUUGUUCGGCGAUCGAUUGAUUAAUCGGCCGGCAACAAUACGAACAGCAAUGAGCUAUACAUUAAACAAAAUUUGGAACAGCACCGGAAGAGUGAUAAUCUUCUAUCAGCCACCGUUACCUUCACUCAAAGCAAGUGAUAUCAAUGGACAUGCCGGACCAUCAGAUAUCAUCAAAUUACCUAAUUAUGUGUGGAGUCGGCAGUUCAUCAAAAGUCCAUGGCCAAAAACUGAUGAUGCUAGGCGCAUGGUUGAUGAUGUGGGAAAUAUUAUACAGACUCGGAUGCUUGAGGAUGGUUUUCAGGUAUGCCAGGCAAUAGUAACGUUAACUGUAAAUUCGAUCAUUCGCCAACCAACCGGAACAUUUGAAGCACGGUUCGGACGACGUGCGACUAGAGCGCUGGUCGAUUGGCUGCGACAGAAUGGGUAUAGUUAUCGAUCUAAUAUUAACGUGAUUGUGGCAGAUUUCGUAGAUGAAGACGGUUUUUGCAACACUAUAAUUGAUCUGAACAAAUAA